AUGUGCAAGGCCGGUUUCGCCGGAGAUGAUGCUCCCCGCGCUGUUUUCCCCUCUAUCGUCGGUCGCCCCCGUCACCAGGGUGUCAUGGUCGGCAUGGGUCAGAAGGACUCCUAUGUCGGUGAUGAGGCUCAGUCCAAGCGUGGUAUCCUCACCUUGAAGUACCCCAUCGAGCACGGUAUUGUCACCAACUGGGACGACAUGGAGAAGAUCUGGCAUCACACCUUCUACAACGAGCUCCGCGUUGCCCCCGAGGAGCACCCCGUCCUCUUGACCGAGGCUCCCCUCAACCCCAAGUCUAACCGCGAAAAGAUGACCCAGAUCAUGUUCGAGACCUUCAACGCCCCCGCCUUCUACGUCUCCAUCCAGGCCGUUCUUUCCCUCUACGCUUCCGGUCGUACCACCGGUAUCGUCCUCGACUCUGGUGAUGGUGUCACCCACACCGUCCCCAUCUACGAGGGUUACGCUCUCCCCCACGCCAUUCUCCGUCUCGAUCUCGCUGGUCGUGACUUGACCGACUACCUCAUGAAGAUCCUCAUGGAGCGUGGUUACUCCUUCUCCACCUCUGCCGAGCGCGAAAUCGUUCGUGACAUCAAGGAGAAGCUCUGCUACGUCGCCCUCGACUUCGAGCAGGAGAUGCAGACCGCUGCCUCGUCCUCUGCCCUCGAGAAGUCGUACGAGCUUCCCGACGGUCAGGUCAUCACCAUCGGUAACGAGCGUUUCCGUGCCCCCGAGGCCCUCUUCCAGCCCUCUCUCUUGGGUCUCGAAGGUGUCGGUAUCCACGAGACUACCUACAACUCGAUCAUGAAGGGAGAUGUCGAUAUCCGUCGCGACUUGUACGGAAACAUCGUCAUGUCUGGCGGUACCACCAUGUACCCCGGUAUUGCCGACCGUAUGCAGAAGGAGAUCACCACCUUGGCCCCCAGCUCGAUGAAGGUCAAGAUCGUUGCUCCCCCAGAGCGCAAGUACUCUGUCUGGAUCGGAGGAUCCAUCUUGGCUUCCCUCUCUACCUUCCAGCAGAUGUGGAUCUCCAAGAUGGAGUACGACGAGUCUGGUCCUUCCAUUGUCCACCGCAAGUGCUUCUAA